CAACGCAGACUGGUACCCUGAAGGGUCCUGAAUGUCACGCACUUGCACGUGUGCUCGUCCUGUACGCUGUAACCAUGGCGGACAUGCAGAUGAAGCUUCUCCGCAAGAAAAUACAGAAAAGGAACGAAAAGAACAAAGAGCGCAAACUACAGAAGACGCGAACAGAGGACGAAGAUGCCGUAAACAGGGUGGAAGAAGAGUGCUGUGAAGAACCGGCAGCAGCUUGUCAGACAGAAACUGGACCCAAGAAGAAGCAGAAGAAGCAGAACGGUGUACCGGUGGAUGUAAAGGCCAACACAGAGGAAACACAGCUAAAGAAGAAGAAGAAGAAAAGAAAGCUCACUGACACCGCUGAAUCACCAGCUGAGAAGAAGACCAAAACAGUGAAAGAAGAAAAAGAAGAAGAGGAGGAGGAAGAGACAAUAGAUGACAAGGAACAGCCUUCUGAUGAACCAGAAGAAGCUGCAGAUGAAGAAGAUGAUGAUGAUGAGGAAGAUGAUGAUGAUGAGGAGGAGGAGGAGGAGGAUGGCGACGACGACAACGAAGAAACUGGAGAGGGAGAUGAUGGAGAGGAAGAUCAACCUGAACUACCAUCUGGCUUAACAGGAGCCUUUGAGGACACAUCCUUUACCUCUCUCGCUGAUCUGGUGAGUGAAAGCACACUGAAAGGAGUGAAGGAGAUGGGCUUUGAACACAUGACUGAGAUCCAGCACAAAAGUAUUCGUCCCCUGCUGGAGGGAAGGGACGUCCUGGCUGCUGCAAAGACAGGCAGCGGUAAAACUUUAGCCUUCCUCAUCCCAUCUAUAGAGCUCAUCUACAAACUCAAGUUCAUGCCCAGGAACGGCACUGGUGUGGUGAUUCUUUCUCCCACACGUGAGUUGGCGAUGCAGACCUACGGUGUGCUUAAAGAACUGAUGACUCACCACGUGCACACGUAUGGCCUGAUCAUGGGUGGCAGCAACCGCUCAGCUGAGGCCCAGAAGCUGGCGAACGGCGUCAACAUCCUGGUGGCCACGCCGGGUCGACUGCUGGACCACCUGCAGAAUACCCCCGGCUUCAUGUUCAAGAACUUGCAGUGUUUGAUUAUAGACGAGGCCGAUCGUAUCUUAGAGGUGGGCUUCGAGGAAGAACUGAAGCAGAUCAUCAAACUGCUGCCGAAAAGGAGGCAGACCAUGCUGUUUUCAGCCACUCAGACCCGUAAGGUGGAGGACUUGGCUCGCAUCUCCCUGAAGAAAGAGCCCCUCUACGUCGGGGUGGAUGACAACAAAGAAAAAGCCACAGUCGAUGGUCUCGAGCAGGGUUAUGUGGUUUGUCCAUCAGAGAAGCGCUUCAUGCUGCUCUUCACCUUCCUGAAGAAGAACCGCAAGAAGAAGCUGAUGGUCUUCUUCUCUUCCUGUAUGUCUGUCAAAUUCCACUAUGAGCUUCUCAACUACAUCGACCUGCCCGUCAUGGCCAUCCACGGCAAGCAGAAGCAGACCAAACGUACCACCACCUUCUUCCAGUUCUGCAACGCUGACUCAGGCAUCCUGCUGUGUACUGACGUGGCAGCUCGAGGGCUGGACAUCCCCGAGGUGGACUGGAUCAUCCAGUACGACCCCCCAGAUGACCCCAAGGAGUACAUCCACAGAGUGGGCAGAACAGCUCGAGGCAUCAACGGUAAAGGUCACGCUCUGCUGAUCCUCCGGCCAGAGGAGCUCGGCUUCCUGCGCUUCCUCAAACAGGCCAAGGUCCCACUGAGCGAGUUUGAAUUCUCCUGGAGUAAAAUCUCUGAUAUCCAGUCCCAGCUGGAGAAGCUGAUUGAAAAGAACUACUACCUCCACAAGUCGGCACAAGAGGCCUACAAGUCAUACGUGAGGGCUUACGACUCCCACUCGCUCAAACAGAUCUACAGCGUCAACACCCUCAACCUCCCCAUGGUGGCGCUGUCCUUUGGCUUCAAAGUUCCUCCAUAUGUUGAUCUCAACGUCCACAGCAGUAAAGGUGGAAAGCUGCAGAAGCGAGGCGGCGGAGGCGGUUUCGGUUACCAGAAAAACAAGAACGUGCACAAGUCCAAAAUCUUCAAGCACGUCAACAAAGGAAGGAACGACAAGAGGCAGUUCUCUCGCUGAGCCUGCAAACUAACUAAAAUCUCUUCCUGGACUGAUUCUUCCUCUGUGUUUUUUUUUAAUUUCCUGCUUUGAACACGGUGUCAUAGAUUAUAUUAUGGCACAUCUGUCAGAUUAAAUCGUCACCCUCAGAUGUCAUUUAGCCCCAGUUUUUCCUUCCCUAUGAGUUGUGUGGAAAGUAUUUUGUAAAUGUAAACAAACAUAACUGUGGAUGUUUUGUUGAUGAAGGCCGCUGAAUUCCAUUUAUGCCGUUGAGGACUUCUGAUCAACAAAAACUCCCUUUUUCUAAUAUUUCUUCAUUUGCACCUGACCUGAAAUAUUAAAUCUAUCAACUUUGAAUAUA